AUGAUAAAUCGCAAUGCAUUAUUGAUAAUCAUAAUUACUCUGACAUGCGCAUUUCUGCUUGAAGGGCUAAUUUCCCAACUCGAAGAAUUUGUUGUAAAGAAGAAAAAUAUUGUUAGUAUUUUGCUCCUGAUGUUGUACCAUGUCGAGACGCAAGCAAGCGAAGCCGCAGCAGCUCACCUCCGACGAGGGAAGCUUGGAGGAAAACGUGGUUCUGCAAGAUAGCCGGACAGAAGACGACGGGAAUGACUCAAAGAGGAGCAGGAUGGAGGAGACCAGUGUUUGUGACCAAUGUUGCGCAGAGUUUUUUGAUCAGUCAGAAUUCCUUGAGCACCAGAAAACUUGCACUAAAAACCAACCUGUCCUGAUCAUGAAAGACCGCGAGGGAGGAACAAUGCCUGACCACUUCUCGCAGGGAUCUCCAGGCGGCUUCCUUGGUCAACAAGUCGAAGGUCCAUCCUCCAGUGACGCCCAGUCAAAAAGCAGCAUUGGUUUGGUGGAAAGGAUGGAAAACAACGAUGCUGAAAUGGAUGCUGACUAUCGCCAAAAGAGAGAACCCACUGAGAUGUCGGCAAGACCAAAUGUAAGCUAUAUGCAAGCUUCUAAAUUACAAAACACUAAUGUUACGUUGGAGACUAUGCAGAGUACAAAGUUUGCUGUAACUCAACAUUCAUCUGACAACAAAAACUCUCAGUCUGUAGGCAGCUUAAAUGCUAUCCCCAUGAUUCUUGAGCAGCUAGCGAGUCUACAGCAGCAGCAGCUUCAGCAAAUUCAACUGACUGAGCAGAUUCGUAUACAAGUGGCAAUGAUGGCUCCACACGGUCUGCACCCCUCUAUUGCUGCGGCAGCUGAUCCGUUGAAAGCUCUGGGGGCUCACUUAUCGCAGCAGCUUUCAGCGGCUGCUGCUUUGAUCGGACAAAAAACUGGCAACCAAAGCCUGUCUUUAGAGAACACGAAACAAGGAAAGGUACCUCAUUCCAGCAUUGCCUUUUCCGGAGGCAACGGAAUGCUGUCCUCCAAAUCGAACAUUACUAAAGUUCUCCCAAACUUGGCCACUCGACUUCCAACCUUGCUACCUCUAGGUUCUGCCGCUUUCCAGAACUCUUUCUCGCCGGUUUCAGCUGGUCUGGAUCCCUCUAAGAAAGGGAAACCUCCCAACAUAAGUGUGGAAACUAAAACUGCUGGUGCUGAGGAGUCUUUGUUUAAACACAAGUGCAAGUACUGCGGCAAAGUCUUCGGCAACGACAGCGCCCUGCAGAUUCACCUUCGCUCUCACACUGGAGAGCGGCCAUACAAAUGCAAUAUUUGCGGAAACAGAUUCACGACGAAAGGAAACCUCAAGGUGCAUUUCCAGAGGCACAAGGAGAAGUUUCCACACAUUCGCAUGAAUCCUUAUCCUGUUCCCGAGCAUCUGGACAACAUUCCCACGAGCAGUGGCAUUCCUUAUGGAAUGUCUAUGGCCCCAGAGGAGUCCAACUUCGUGGACAGUAAACCUGCAAUGCUGCCUACCUCUGGCUUUCCUCAGUCGAUGCUGCAGAGCCUCACCACUUCUCAGGAUUCUCCUUCAGGUAAUGAACCAUCUUCUCAAAGGCCGUCAUCGUCUGGAAGCGACGGUGCUUCAAUAUCCUCCAGCAUGUUCAACCAGGACAUGGGUUCAGACCAGAACUUGGAAUCCCCAGAAGGUUUUGCAAGCAUGCCCCACCUAAAUGGGGGUGAACUGCCAGGAGAGCAGGGGUCUGAGACUGCCAAGCUGCAAAGAAUGGUUGAGAGCCUAGAAAAGAAGACUGGGGAUCCAAAUGAGUGCUUUAUCUGUCAUCGUGUGCUGAGCUGCCAGAGCUCUCUGAAAAUGCAUUACCGUACCCACACGGGCGAGAGGCCCUACAAGUGUAAAAUCUGUGACCGGGCUUUCUCUACAAGGGGCAACUUGAAGGCCCAUUACGGCGUGCAUAGAGCCAACACCCCUUUAAAGAUGCAACACUCCUGCCCCAUCUGCCAGAAGAAGUUCACCAACGCUGUUGUAUUGCAGCAGCACAUUCGGAUGCACAUGGGCGGGCAAAUCCCCAACACUCCCCUGCCUGGAAGUGUAUACGAGAGCUCUGAAGUGGACUCCUGUCUGCUGGAUGAGAAGAAUGUAGAAAUGAAUGGCAGCUACAACGAGGAGAUCAUGGAGGAAGCAGAGGUGGAACUGGACUCUCAAGAGCCUGCCAGCAAUGCAAACCAGCCACUGCUGCCUCCUCCUCAGAAUGAAGGGCAGUCUGCUUCUCCCCUACCAAUGCUGUCCAGCAUAGCUGCUCUGGAGAAUCAAAUGAAGAACAUCAGCUCUGCUUUAAACCUGCAACGGCAGUCGAGCAUAAGAUCAGAAAGCGACUGCUUGACCAACGACGGCAUGACUAAUGGAACGUCAUCUAUACCUGGAGACCAGGAAUACCAGAACGGCAGGAGCCCAGGUGUUUCAGACAUGGGGUCUUUCCAUUCUUCUCCACCCAACAGUCAAACGGGAAGUAACCAGUCUAAAUCUCCAGAAACUAUAGUUCUCGAAGACGGCAGCGUAGCGAGUGUAAAAUUGGAGUCUAAUAAUGGACCUGCUGAUUCGGCGCACAAUGGUGCUUUAGACCUGACAUCUAGCAACUUUGUUCCAAAAGCAAUUAAGGAAGAACCCGGACAUAUUCUCACAAAUGGAGACUUCAGUGCUGCCCUCAUUCCAUCGCUUGCACGAUUUCCUCCAAGUCUCGUUAAACUGGAAAUGCAGAUCCCGUCUGAGCGGCCCAUGGGUUUCCCAAAUCCGUUUGUUCCUCAGCCAUCUGGGACACAACCGGGCGUGUCUGCUGCACCGCGCCGCUCUGCCAAGCAGCACAUCUGCAAUACCUGCGGGAAGAACUUCUCCUCUGCCAGCGCCCUGCAGAUUCAUGAACGCACUCACACUGGUGAGAAGCCCUUUGCUUGUACCAUCUGUGGAAGAGCUUUCACAACCAAAGGAAACCUCAAGGUGCACGUUGGAACACACAUGUGGAACAGUUCAGCUAGAGGAGGCAGGAGACUGUCUCUUGAUAACCCGUUGGCACUGAUGGGAGGGGAACCAAAGAUGAUGCCGGAGGUGGUGCCAGCACCUAGGGAUAUGGUGCCGCCACCCAUUAACAUUGACCCUGCAGUCUGGAGUCAGUACUCUGCUGUGUUUACCAAUGGCUUGGCAAUGAAGACCAACGAGAUCUCCGUGAUCCAAAACGGUGGCAUUCCUAUGCCUGGAAGUCUUGCUGGCAGUCCGCUAAUGGGUUCCAAUGGGGGCAUGAUGAACAUGGAUGGGUCUCAGUCUGGCUUCCCUGGAUCAGCUGCUGAAAUGGACAAGCCUGGAAAUGACGGUGUACCAAAGCACCAAUUCCCUCACUUCAUGGAGGAAAGCAAAAUUGCAGUGAAUUAAAUGAGAAGACCUGGACUUUACAUGAAGAAAAGAUGUAGAUUUGUAGUCGUAGGUUUAGCUUUUUUUAUUUUUACAGAUUCAACUACAGACCUCAUAUUUUUCCUACUGAUAUGUAUAAAGGGUUUUAUGAUAGCUAUAUUUCUAAUAAACACUUGCUCAAAAUUGAGUACAAUAUUUUUUCCUCUGUCUUUGGAAGGGAGUUUCUCUUGCUGAAAAAAAUGCAGGUCUUGCGAAGCUAUGAGAUGCAUUCUUUUGUAACUUGAAGUGUACAGCCUUAAAAGUUUAAUGAUUUCACACCCAAAGGUUUGAACUGUUUACUUCUGUUAAAUGCUAGAUUUCCCCCCCCCCCCCCCCCCCCCUGAGUAGAACAUGAAAUAAACAACUACUGUUAGAUCUUUUGAAUAUUGUUACUGUUUGUACAUUUUAAAUCAAAUAUGCGGGUACUUUCCCCCCCAGAAUGUCGGCCAUCCUUUCAGCCUUUUUCUCUUCUCCCACCCCCUCCCUCAGAUAUUGAAUGUAUUUUUCUUAACACAUGGGCUGCAUAAUGGUCUAACCAGGUUAAAUGAGCCAACAUCUGUUCUAAAGAACAAGGUUGGCUUUUGGAUGCCUUUCUGUCGACUUAAAGAUUCUGGUGUCCCACACCAACUUGGAAUUCUGCAAGCCCUGUAUGGAUUUUCGCUGUGUUUUGUCUACCUUGUUGAAAGAAUCCAGCAAUCUGGUGCAAAAUUAGGUUUAUGUUAAACCAUUUCGCUUCAGUAGAUGCACGGAACUCUUGUAGCAUUUAAAGGUUUAGGAGUCGGGCUACACUGCGUACUCUUGGGAAAAAUUCUGAUCAGUUCACGGCAGUUUUAGGAGGAGGCCGUAAGCUGGAACCAACCUUUAUUAUUUUGCAAAGGAAAAAAUUCUCCAUUCUGGGAUUGCAGCAUUCCAACUGGGGUACAGACUCCAACAUUAACAGUGACCUCCUCCUCAGCUUUAACCCAUGCACUGGCCGUGUUACUUAAAUGAUUAAACGAGGGGUAAACGAUUGUAGAUCGGCGCUGCUCCUACUAUAGACUGGUAUCCAUAGACUGCAGACCGCAUCGUCUCUGUAGCCCCUCCUGGUCAAGUAUUGCCUUCAUGCGUCUAGUAGCAUUGGCCAUCUACUACACACUCCCGUGCUAAUGUACAGCCCUUGAAGGACAGAACACUGCACUUUAAUUUAGCUUUUCUGUUUGGUCUUCCUCAAGAGAUUUUAAACCUGAGGUGGCUGAUUUUUGCAGGAGCGUACUUUAGUUUUCUACUGUUCCCACAGCCUCUAGCAGCACAGUCGUUUUCAGUACCUGAAGCCAAAUAUCCCAGUGGACUCUUGUAAAUAAGUGUUUUUGUUCAUUGGGUUACGCUGUUAAAGCAGUGAUGCCAUUCCAUAAGGGGAGAGGGGGGACCGUACAAUAACUUUACAUGAGAAUACAAUCGUGGCGCAUUACUAGUUUUGUAAGUUGUGUGCAAGAAAAUGUGCUACUUUGUUUUGAAGGCAAACUGUCCUAUUUAACUUUCCUACCUCACUACUUCAUGUUUGCUUCUUUGUAUUGUCUGAGAUUUAGUUUGUCUAAUGUGAUCUAUGUAAAUUGAGCUUUAAGUGGAUGCUCUAUGUUGUCGUUACAAAGUGUAGUCCUGAUGCAUUUCCUCGGGUAACUUGACAUACACAUCUCCUGUUUUAUUUUUUUUGUGUAUAACCUGCUGAUUUUUUUAUUGAAUGUAUUGUCGGACACUUUGCACGUCCUUUGCUUAAAAACAAUCUGUUUUAUAUGUGUGUUGUCCUCCGACACAUUCUCUUUGGGGUUUCCAGUGAUACCACAGGUCUGUUUUCAGUGUUCCUGCAUCUUGCAUCAUCUGAUCACUUUUGCCAAGUUGUGCCUUUUUUUAGCCUGUGUCCAAUCCUCUGUCAUGGAGGCAUUACUCUUCUACAUCCAUUUACAUGGUGAGCUGGAUCUCCUGGUACACUUCCACAGUGUUGUGCUGUUUUUUGGCAUGUUUACAAUGUACACUUCAUUAAAUGUCUAAUGUGUUUCUUGAGCAUCUGCUUCAUGUGUUAUUUUCUGAUAUUUGAAAAUAAAAACAAGCUGGUUUUUCCAAA